AUGCCUCGGGCCACCACGGGUGCCCGUCGCGUCGUCGCCUCCUCGUGCUUCACGACCGUUAACCUGCUGCUACUUGCUACCGCUUCGCUGAUCGCUCUUGUGCACUCUGCUUUGCCACCCGGACAAGAGGACGAGAUUAUAGUGAUCGAGCAUCUACCAGGCCGUCGGGUACACCUUCAAGAUUUCUUCUGGACAGGUGCGGAAGACGCGCCACCAUGGCUCGAUCCAGACCAAAUGCUGACGAUUUACGAAACUCGCACGGUCCAUCACACGGCAACUCUAUAUGUACCCGAAGACACAUCGCGGAGACCCGAGCCAAGCGACGAUCGUCCAAGACCAACUGUCGACUGCGCCUCUUGUAUAGACCCCACGCCGACGCUCUUGGACGUCGACCAGAACAUCGGCGUGCUCAUCGAUGGAGAAGAUCCCGGACCGAGGUACUGGCUACUCACGGUACUGAAAGCCGGAGAAGACGUGCCGCCUAAAGUCGAGCUGCGGCUGGCGCGACUGUACAAAGCAGCAUUCACGAGGCAGCAGCAGAAGCACUUGGGACUGCUGGGACCCGAGCUUCGCACGAGAAAGAGUCCCAAGCGUGAAGCUAUAAUCGACAAUCGAACUGCGCUGGAAGAGGAGACUACGACGAGCGAGACAGCGCUCGGCAACGACAGCACGACCGGUCCAGCGAUAAUACAACGCCCGCCCUCGGCGAUCUCGUUACUCCACAUGCGCACAUUACGCAUAGCCAAGAGCAAGAGGACACUGCCAGUCCUCGAGAGCGAGAAUUUCGGGGAGCUGGCGUCGAAGCCGGUGGAACUGAACGAAACGACGAGCGAGGACAAGGCCCAGCUCAAGUCGCCAGUGGACGUUGGCCUGGUGCAGGUGCGCAUGCAGAACACGUCGAAAACGGAGGCCGGGGCGAUGAGGUUGAUCUACACCGUGCACCUCGGGGGCAAGCCCGUGCCAGCUGAAACGGCCGCCAAAGACAUGUCGCUGCUGAGCGCCCAAGAGGUGGCCCUCGAGCUCGGCGCGCCCGUCAUCAUUCAGAGCGAGCCUUAUCUAAAAGAGUCUCGUCCCCUAGCGCUCUCACGUAAGCGUGACGCUUGGCUGCUGGUCGGCGCCGCGAGCCUCGGCAUCCUGCUCGUCGGCGUCAUCGUGCUCGGCCUGUUCGUCGCGACCAAGCGCAAGCGAGCGCAGAGCGCCGUCUCGGCGCCUCUGCCUAGCCGCAGGACGCUCGUCAAGGACGAGGAGUACGCGCCGACCACGCCCGGCUUCGACAACACUGCCUACACCUCGGAGACCGAGGCCAGGACGGAAGUGACGGGUCGCACGCCGGGCUCGCAGGACACCAUGGACGUGGACUACCCUCGGGGCGAACUUUCCAGUGAGAACGAGCUGGAUAACGAGCACAGAGGUGGCCCGCAAGUGAAAACUUGGGAGUACGCCGAGGCCGCGAAAAAAGGAGCGACAAGCAAACGAGGACAGCAACAGCAUCAACAGCAACAGCCGCGUUCAGUCGAACAGACAAACGACAAUCGUCCACAAUCGGGUGACUCGGUGGACUCGGCUGGCAUGUUGACUAGGACAACGACGGAAGGCCGCGUUUCGAAUACCCGGGCUGCCAACGACGAGGAUGAUGAAGCCUCAGGGUCGCCGCAUUCCUAUCUCUCCAUGCCCUCCUGCAAGCAGUUCCCAAAUAUGCGCUCAGUCGAGCCGCUCUCCAAAGUUCUCGAGCCUGUCGUCAUAAAACAUAUGGCUUUGGAGCUCGACUCGCCCGAGAUGAACAUGAAAAAUCUUGAGUUUACCGUGAGAAAUGGUGACGGGCAUUUGACGAGAGCUGCUAGUGAAACCAAGGAUCCGGGAGUUUUGGGCCCGAUCGUUUGGGAUUUGAAGAGGAAGCGCGCCGUCGAAGGUGGUGCAGCCGAGCAAGUGGGAUCUGGACGCGUGCCUCACGGCCCGGUGGGAAGGGCGCGUCGUCGGCUCAACGAGCUCCUCGAAGAUUCCUUCAGUCUCUUCGGUAGUCGAGAUCCAAAGUCCGCGGCGGCAGCCGCAGCAACGGCGACGAGUCAGCGGGGAUUUUCGUUCGAGAAGCGCGCGCCACCGGAGAUGCCACCAGGCCAGGGUACGAUUCAUCACCCAGCUCCGAGGACUUACUCAACAACAACUGCCACCGAGCAUCGAGGAAAAUCAGCACAUGUCGAACACGUAACAUCGCCAAAUGUGGAUAGUCAGCAUUAUCGACAGCGUACCUCCCUACCAGAUGCUGCCCCGAUCCCAGAAACCGGUCAGAUCGUUGGUCCACAACCACGAGGUGCUUGGGGUUCGCGACCACUUAGUGCAGGACCUUUUCACAGACCAAAUCUUCCGGAAGUCGAAGUGGUGCGAGUUCUCGCUGAUUCGCAAUUAAGGCCUGAAGAUCCUGCUGUGCCGCUCAUUAGCGCGAUCAAGAAGGAACUUGGAAAGUUUACUUAUGACUGAUUAAGGCGUUCAAUUUUUCGAAUUUGAAUUUUUCACGUGAAAAAUGGAAUUAUUGACUUUGAAUAAAACUUUUUCAACGACCUUCGACGUAAUGUACACAUUGUGUGAUUUGAAGUAUGAAAUAGACAGUAACAUUUUUAAAUUUUGAAUGUCAGUUUUGACAUAUCUGUUGUUUAAGAUUUAUUCAAAGAAAUGUCACAGUGCAAUCGAGAAUUAAGUUUUUUUAGUUGUAUCGAUAGAUUAUUUGUUGUUGAGUUUUCGUUUUAUCAAGUCAAAUUAUGUAGUAAAUUAAUGUUUGUACUGAAGUUUUGAAAAACAAAUUUGAGUACAUUGCAGAAUUUAGGUAUCUUAAUAGUAGUUAUCUCGUGAUUUAUCCGACGAAGAAUAAUAUUUAAUUUAUCGUGAAAGUGCAAUGUAAAUAUGUAAAUGUAGUAAUUUCAACAAGUAUACAGUGAAAUCAGAUUUGUUACCAUCUAGUUAAAACACUAGAACUUAAAAUUAUAAUUAUUCCAAACAGUAGCUUGUUAAUCAAUAUAGACAAUAUCUCGAAUAAUAUAAUAUUAGCAUUACAUUAUACUAGACGAAGUUCCAUGUAAAUAAUUUCAUAAAAUCCAUUUUUAUAUGUAACAAGUAGGAAAAACUAUAUCAAUAUUGGCAUGUUUUCGCACAAUGAUGUUCGCAUUAAGCAGUUUUCUAUUUUCGGUAAGAAACAUUCCUAACACUAUUGUAUCAGAUUUCUUAUGAAUUUGAGGUUACUCGAUCGACACCAUCC